UGCCAGAUCAGCCAGACAACGACCGUUCAAUUAGGUUACUGUACUCUGCCUCAGCUGCUCGUCCACAAGUAUGAAGUCCUGUUUUCUGAUCGUCGUUUUCCUCUUCACUUUCAGACUUUCCAGUGGAGAAAGGAUGCUGAAGUUUGUCACUGUUCUUUAUCGUCAUGGUGACAGAUCUCCAAUCAAGGCCUAUCCAACUGAUCCCUAUAAGGAGAGUGACUGGCCCCAGGGUUUUGGACAGCUCUCUCAGGAGGGAAUGAAGCAGCAUUUCGAACUGGGUCAGUUUUUAAAGAAACGGUACACGGGAUUCCUGAGUGAGGACUAUGACCGACAUGAGAUAUUCAUAAGAAGUACAGAUGUUGACCGCACUCUGAUGAGUGCAGAAGCGAACCUGGCUGGCAUGUUCCCACCUAAUGGUUCUGAGGUGUUUAAUCCAGAUUUGAAAUGGCAACCAAUACCUGUUCACACUGUCCCAGCGGAUGAAGAGAAGCUGCUUUCUUUCCCUCUGGAUGACUGUCCACGUUACACACAGUUAAUGAACGAGACUGAAAAAACAGACAUUUUUCUUAACAUGACUGAAACCUACAAGGCCUUCAUAGAGAUGGUGAAAAAUAAAACAGGACUGGAGAAAACCAACAUUGAGACUAUUUGGAGUGUGUAUGACACAUUGUUCUGUGAGGCAAAACAUGGGAUGCGACCACCAGACUGGGUGACUUCAAGUGUCAUGGAGACGCUAAAGGUGUUAAAGAACUUUGGUGUUCAGAUUUUGUUUGGAGUCUACAAGAGAAAGGAGAAGUGCAGACUUCAGGGAGGCCUGCUGUUAGAUCAGAUAAUUAAGAAUCUCUCAAAUGCAGCAGCACUGGACUCUAAACAGAAAGUGAAGAUGAUGGUAUACUCAGCGCAUGACACAACAAUUGUAGCCCUACAGGAAACUCUGAAUGUCUUUAAUGGCCUGCAGCCACCUUAUGCCUCAUGUCAUCUAUUUGAACUUCACCAGGAAGAGAACGGGACGUUUUCAGUGGAGAUGUUUUAUCGCAAUGACACUAAUGUGUCUGAGCCAUACUCUGUGUCUUUACCGGGCUGUUCCCAGCGCUGCCCCCUUCAGGACUUUGUGAACCUCACACGUGAAGUCAUACCACAAGACAGGAAUAAAGAGUGUCAGAUAAAGAAGGAAGCCACAGACACUGAGGUCAUCAUCGGGCUGGCUGUGUGUGGAUGUCUUCUCUUCCUCCUGAUACUGCUGCUGUUUGUAGUGCUAUGCCGUCUAAAAGAGCCCAUGGCUAGCUACAGUCAUGUCAUAAACGAGAGUGACUCCUGACAAUCAUAUCGGCUCCUCCGCAAAGAGGAACUGUGGGACAGUGAAGAGGAUCUAUGAGGACACAGUGCCAAGUUGUUGAGAAACUCUAAAGACAGAACUCUUUUUGGUCACACAUUUUUUAUAUUGGGUAAGAGUUGGCAAUGUUUUAUUACUUUACUUGUAACCUUAAGUGUUUUUAGAGAAAAAAAUGGAAUCAAGAUUUGGGAUGGCGUCAUGGCAUUAACGUAAAACACAGUGCUUAGUGCACAGAUCCGUAACUGAGCAGCUGUGACUUGUGUGUCUUCGGCUCUGGGAUUUUAUUGUAACAGAAGAUUGUGUACAAAAGUCAACGAGGGAACUAAAACUCUGAGACUGAAGCUCCUCCAGAGGCGCGAGUCCUCUCUGAAAACACAAGGAUUGUUGGCGUCCUGCUGUUUGUGCUCCCAAGCCAUUAAUUCUACUAUAUUUGUGAACACCUGAAGAUUCAGAUGGGGCAAUGAAAGACUACUGAAUACACAUUGAGGCCUUAUAAUGCCCUCACAGAAUUUUACCUUCAUGCUUUUUAUGUGAUUAUCUCCUAAUUUACAGCCACAGAAGAGUUUUGAUUAGUAAAUUUCAGAGUAACAAUAUGUGCAGUUUUAAUCUUGUGCAGUUUCCUUAAUGUUUUGUCAUUCUACAUUGAUCACGUGAAUACAAAUUAAAUUUUAUAUUCAGUUAUGAAGGAUGAUUUCAUGUCUCGAUACAGUAAAAAAUCAGUUCCAGGUGCAUCAAAUUUAAUACAAAAUUGACUGAUAAACAGAUUGUUGUAAUUUUUAAUGUUUUGUUUGUUUUUAAUGAUUGUCUUUUUACUGUUUCAGUGCACAUCUCGGCAUGACUGAAAAUGUUCAUGACAGGAUUAAUUUAAAACAAAUCCUAUAUUGACUAGUUGAUGAAAUCCUGAUGGUUUGAGAUG